AUGUACACAUUAUUCAGGAAUACAGCAUCAACCUCUCUUCUCACCCAAAUCGAUACUUUCUAUAAUCUUAUUCGAACAUCAUCUCUCAAGCAAAUUUUCACUUUAUCAAUCUUACCUUACAUUAUAUCAACAAUUUAUCGACAACUCGUAAACAUGGGAUCAUCACUCUCAAAUUUCUCGGCCAACUCGUACCUUAACGAGCAUGCUUGCUCGGGUCGUAACCUUACCUGGCAAUAUAUUCAUCAAGGUCAUUUACCUUUGCUGGACCACCAUAACUAUAGCCAGCACUCGUUUCCGAAGAUGACCUUGUACAAUUAUUCGGCCUGUCCAGAUGCGACAAGAAUUCUUCGAGCCCAUGGCUGCUGGGACGGUAGUUGCCAGCCAAAUCGAUGGGACGAAGAGUUCAAUCGAUAUGAAUGGGAUAACUGGCAUGGACUUGGCAGUCCAUAUGUCAGGCUACAUGGGGAGAAAGGGGCUGGUAAGGAGGAUCUGUGGUGGCGAAAUAUCUCUCGCCGACCUCAUUUGAAUAGAGUGUCAGCAUAUAUCAGCGGAGGAAGGCUUUACAACCUUCUUGUUGGUGUAGACAAGAGCAGAAUGAGCAAAAAGCCACGAGAAGGGCUUGGAAGUGGAACGGAAAUUAAAGAUUUCAAAAUGAAAAUUUCCAGUGCCAAUUCUGAUAAAGACAAGAACACGGGGAAGAAAGCUAAUAAGCGAAUAAAAAUACGGAGUAUUAGCGACAUGACCUGGCACGAAAGUCUUCAGAAUGCAGAAAUCGAGGGCCAAUCGUCGGAAAAGCGGAAUGAUGGUCUUACACAUUCCAGUCCAUCGGCAACCGACUCUUUGCGGCAGAUCAGCGUUCCGACUUCUCAAGUCCUUGCUUCUGAUGUCAACUCAGCUGAUCAUAAAAGUCCUCAGUAUAUUACAGUAAAAGUGAGUGAUGUCGCAAUAUUCGAACCAUUUACCACGUUACAACUGAAGACUAAUGUGAAAAAGAUCAAAAGUACGAAAACGAGACUGUAG